CUCUCUCUCACUCACACUCUCACACACACGCGUGAACAAUUGGUAGCACAGAGAGACCGGUUGGUGAACAAGUCUUUGCAGCAGCAGCACAGACACAUGGCAGAUGUUUGCCCGGGGCGUACGUUAUUGGCCAAAUCACUCUAACAUGUGCUGCUGAGAUUGAAUGGGAACUCUGUGUGUGUAGGUGUGUGUGUGUGUGUGUGUGUGUGUGUGUGUGUGUGUGUGUGUGUGUGUGUGUGUGUGUGUGUGUGUGUGUGUGUGUGUGUGUGUGUGUGUGUGUGUGUGUGUGUGUGUGUGUGUGUGUGUGUGUGUGCAUACCCUGCAUUUGCACGGAACCUUGUCAAGGCAUAUACAUCUAAUGCCAUAAAAAAAAGACCACACACUCUCAAACAAACACACAUACACACACACUGACAUUUUUGACACAUGCUUAUCUUCUGCAAGGGCAUUCCCGACCCUCUGAGGCAUUCAUGCAUACCACAUCCCAUUCCUGGCCUCUAUCCCUCUAACACGCACGCAUGCACACGCGCACACACACACACACAGUGUGCAAGAACCUGCCAUCACCGUAGGAGACAAAGACAAUCUGUUUGAAAGGACGAGCCCCAAAGAUAUUGUUCAUACACCCCUCACCUGUCUGUCUGUCUGUCGGCCUGGUCUCUGUCUGACGGUCUGUUUGGCCUCUGCCUGUCUGUGUUUACGUUUACAGGAAUUCAAGAGGUCGCCCCUACCCCGGUGUUCCAGCAGCAGUACAACAUAGCGGAGGAGUGUGUUUGUUACUGCCAGCUGGCUCAGCUUGAAGUGAGGAUGAACUUGGACACCUACUGUCUCAAGGAUUACGUGCUGAAGAUCCAGGUGAAGGCCAUGGAGCGCUCGGGCCCCUGGUGGCAGUUCUCCAUCGCCGUGCAGACCGUGUUCCGCACGGGGUCCACGCCCCGCGUCCGCAGGGGCCCCCGGGCGCUGUGGGUCCCCGACCGCGACCUGGGCUGCGGCUGCCCCGCCCUCCACGUGGGCCGCACCUUCCUGCUCAUCGGCUCCGAGGAGGGGGGCCGCGACUGGGCCCCCGGGGAGAGCCGCCUAGUGGCCGACCGCUCCACCACCGCCCUCCAGUGGCGGGACCACUGGAGCCCCAAGCUCAGGGGCUUCCGGGGGCAGGACAAGAGGGGCCGUUGCCCCCCGAAAGCCCCCCCCACCACCGCCACCACCACCACCAACGGCCGCACCGCCACCCCGUUGAGCCGCAGAGGGGCUACAUCCCGCCGCAUCUAGUGACGGGGGGCGACGGCGGCGGAACACACAGACCACACGCGCGCUCGGAGGAACCGGCCCCCAAGAGCGUGGAGAGCGUGGAGAGCGUGGAGAACGUGGGGGGGACGGGCGCGAGCGCUAACGUCCGCGACGACACGCCGACCUCGCCGACACCCGAGAGCCCUGAGCUGUGGACGUUCGCUGUUUCGGCCCCCGCUAAUCCGUCCCCCGCUGAUUUGGUCCCCACGAAUCCCGUCCUACUCACAAAUCCAGUCCCCACAACUGGGGUCCCCACAAGUUGGGUACCCACUUUGCUGUGUUCCAGCCGACCUCCCGCUGUGUGACAGGAGACACACACACAGUCCCCCACACAGGUACCAUGUGGAUAUCAGAUGUGAGAAUCACGUAAAGACACACGGUG